AUGGCAAGUGCUGCUUUAAAAAAAUUGGUUAGCGGCCCUAUUACCCCAAAGAUGAUAGCAUAUAUUACAAAUAAGGCAGCAUUAGUUAUUCCUUGCGAUCCUCCGACAAAACAAAAUAUCACACCACAACAAUCACAAAAUAUUGGUGACGACGAUCAUCAUCCUUUACCUCCUUUACCCACUUUCAUACGUUGUCUGGUAAAGAAUUCAAACGUAUCAACCGCGACUCUUCUUACAACAAUUGUUUACUUAGAUCGCCUGCGAAAAAAAUUGCCAAAACUUGCAAGAGGAAUGCACUGUACUCGUCAUAGAGUCUUCCUUGCUACCUUGAUUAUUACAUCAAAAUACCUUAACGAUUCAUCACCAAGAAACAAGUAUUGGGCAAAAUUUUCAGGCAUUUACUCUGUCGCAAAAGUCAACCUAAUGGAAAGACAAUUGCUCUCCUUAUUAGAUUAUGACCUUAGAGUUCAAGAGUCAGACCUGUUACUUCAUCUUGGAAUAUUUUUGCAACCCCCUUCCUUGAAAAAUAAUCAAGCAAUUAUGAUAAACACUUUGAAACUUCCAACCCCUCAACAUCAAAGAGCUCUCUCAUAUCCAAAUCAACCUGCCCCAUCUCAACUUUCACAAUUAAAACAUCAAACAACUCCUUCGAGACAACAUUCACUACCAACUAUACAAGCCUCAACCAAUUCCUCACUUUCAAUAUAUAAUACAGGAGUUCAAUCCAUGUCAAUACCUACAAUCAUUUCAUCAUCAAUGAGCUCAAAUCAUAGUAACGCCACGCUAUCAUAUCCAUCAUCUUUUAUCGAUGAUUAUUGUCAAGAGUUGAGUGGCGACGACGAUAUGGAUACUGAUGAAGAAGAGAGAGAUGAUUAUGUUCCUAACGAUGAAACUGCAUCAGUAAUCGAUGAAAUAUUUGAGCAAUUUCCUUCAUUUAAACAAAAAAGAGACCAAUAUGGAAGAAGGCUUUCUUCAACCUCAACUUGUUCUUCAGGGUCUUCAUCUUCUUCAAUAGCUACUCCCAUAUCAGCUCAAAAAUGGAACUUUCCUUCUUCGAUAAAAUCCCUUUCUUCUACGCAAGACGCUGGCGUCAAUAACUUUGUUCCACCCUACUGCGGUCAUAAUCAUCAUCAGAUGGUAUUACCUCCACCUUUUCCUUCAUCUACUAUAAUACAAGGGAUGAUAUAUACUUCCACGCCACAAAGAUAUUAG